AUGCUUGAAGAAGGACCGCCGAUUCCAGAAUCCAUCGUUUUACCCGUUUUACCAAGUGAAGUUCUAUGUGAAAUUUUCGAGAAAUUAGAUUUGAAAAAUCGGCUAAAUCUUCGCAAAGUGUCUAAAACGUUCUGUCAGCUUAUCGAUCAACUGAAACUCCAUCUCGACAUACUUUCAAUUUCAGUUCGAUCGGAUUGUGUUCGCUAUCGAUUUAAUGAGAGUUUUAGCUUUAACAAAGAUGCAUUGGUUAGCUACAACAAUAAUGCAUCGAAAGAGUGUAUUUUGGAAUACGACUGUUCUAAAAAAAUCGCAAUUCAAGAAAACUUCAUGAAAAUCGCUGUCAACGACUUGUCAAGUGUACUCAAACCUUCAAAAAUCCAGAUCAGCAGCUUGUACGUGAAUUUUCAUGUUUCCCAUAAGAAUCCUGCUGAACUUCUGGAGAUUUUCCGCCAGAAAUCUGGCCAGAAAACACGACGUCUUCAACUAAGACAAGCAUAUCUCACUGUGAAUUCCGCUGACCAAGCGAUUUCAAUCAUUUCCGGUCUGGAAUCGAAAACUCUCAAAACCAUUGCAAUCAAUGUUCCUAGUUUGGAAUCUACUGAAGGGAUUUGGCAGUUGGAGCAAUUCAAACAAGCGAAAAGUGCGGAAAUAUCAGCGAUUGUAGAAGCGUCUUCACUGGAAAACUUUUAUAAUUUGACGAGCUGCAUGAUCAACGCCGUUAAAUCCAUUGAAGCACAGCACAUUGUCCAACUUCGAGAUGCUUUCAUGGAAUCCGCUACAUUCAAGUACUGCAACAUCAGAGUCACUGACUCGCUAAAUAUCGAUGAAAUCGGAAAAAUAGCUAAAAUGCGGGUUGUUGACCAAAAAAUUUCCGAAGUGUACCCAAUUGCAAAUGCUCCGAAUUCUCUUCGCCUUCGAAUCACUUCAAGUCAAAUCGAAUUUCUUCGAAUGUAA